UUGUCUCACUGUGUCGGGACCAACUCRCUGGGCCCUGCUGGGCCUUGGAGAUCAGGGGGGCCCUGCAAGAUGAAAAGAGUCCGCACAGUCUUCAAACCAGAGCAGCUGGAGCGGCUGGAGCAGGAGUUCCUCAAGCAGCAGUACAUGGUGGGCACAGAGAGAGUGGACCUGGCUGCAACCCUGCAUCUCACAGAGACUCAGGUGAAAGUCUGGUUCCAGAACCGGAGGAUCAAGUGGAGGAAGCAGAGCAUGGAGCAGAAGGCGGCGAAGCUGUCACAAUUCAGGGUGAUCCAACCUGCGAGUGCUGACUCCACGGACAGCAAGGACCAUGAGGAGGACACCGUGGACGUGGAGCUCUGAACAGCCAAGGACACUGGGCUGCUUUUUGAUGCCUGGGGACCUGUCUGUGCUGCUUUAGUCCAAGCAAGACUUUGUGCUCUGGAUCUGAGAGCUGGAGCUACAGAACUAAACUGCAGCCGGCUGGGAGGAACUCUCCGAAUUUCUUUGGCUGCUCUUUGGUAGCUGUGUGCUCUAAUUCCUGGGGCUCCAUCACCAGGCUGGCUGUACUGGAUGAUCUCCUGCUUGCUCUUGAAGCACCAGGACACACAAACAGUUUCCAGCAGAGAAGCUGGGGUGACAA